UGUGGCUCAGCGGUUAAGAUCACCGACCGCCCUUCCAGCGCUCCCGAGUUCGAGGCCACGACAACCAUUCUGUACGCGCGCAAUCCCUGCUGGCCGAGGACGGAACAACAACGCUCUGCGAUGCUGCUGCUGCCUCUGCUCCUGAUGGGAGGUGCGCUGCCGCUGGACGGAAGCACAGCCUCCUCCCUUGAUUGGGGAACAUCAGGAGAGUUGAAGAGUGUGCCACCUCACCGGUGCCUGCAGGACAGAACCGAUUUCCGAUGUCCCUGGAAGAAAGGAGCUGACGAGCGGGAGAAAUGGCAGGAAGCCACCAGUUGCUACCCCGAGGUGAUCGGGCAGGUCCACCAUCUCGUCUACUCAGACAUCGGCAGAGAUGCCUGGCCACAGAAGGUUAUAGACAAGCUACUCACUAAUGUGCACAGUGAUCUCCAAGACACUCAGUGGGGGCCAGCGCAGCAAGACACUCAGCGGGAGCCCGCGCAGCCGGGCCCGGCCUGUCCGCCACCUUUCCCCACAGACAUUCGCAAGUACUUCCGAAGAAUCUCCCGCUACCUGAAGGCCAAGGGGUACAGCCCUUGCUCCUGGGAGAUCGUCGGGGCAGAAAUGCAAGUGGCACUUUCCGGGUUCCCAGGGUCGGCCUAA